CGCAGCAACAGAAGGCUGGUGGCUUGGAGAUGGGCGAGCCAAACGGGGUCCCUCCUGGGCCGGGCGGGUCCAGCCCACAGAGGAUUCAGCGGGGACUACAGAACGCCUCUAGUCAGGGCCACGCUGGUGAGAAACACGACAGACGAGAACGAGGCUCGGAUUCUGUACGAGUAUCUGGCCGAGGCCUCCGUGGUGUUCCCAAAAGUGUUCCCUGUCAUGUAUUGGCUUUGGCGGGCUGUGGAGGUUUGCCGGAACCUUCUCCAAGUCGACGGGCAGUUCGGACACGGCGGAGCUCUUCGUCAACUGCCUGGAGAAAGCCAUGAUGGUCGAGUCGUGUCUGCCGGGGGACGACCUUGACAUUCUGAACCCGUACCCGAGCAGUCUGGGCAUCUGCAGCAACCUGAACUUGUCGAGCUCCAUGUCGAAUCUGAGCGUGGGCUCCGUGCACUCGCCAACGGAUAAAGACUCGCUAGACAAGGCCGGGGCCAACGGAGGUCGCACGCGCCACAGUUCGGCCACUCUGGCGGGCUCCAAGCCACGCGGCGGGAGCUUCAAGCAGAAGGAGAAGAAGAAGAUUAUCGACGUGGACUGAGACCCGCGGGGCGGGAUGGUGCUAGCGAUUGACGACGGAGGCGGUGAUGGUGGGACGACCGGUGAAUGAACGGUGGGAUGCCGAUGACAGCGGGGACUGUCUGUCGCGUGCGUGCGUACGUGCACACGCACACGUGUACGAAUACAUACACACUACACGUGCAUCGGACACGUGUGCAUGGCUUGGCUGGGCUGGGCUGGGCUAGGCGUGUCGUGCGCUGGGUGUGUGCGUGUGUGUUUGUGUGCGCAUGUGUAUGUGUGUGUCCUGGGUCCGGCGAGACUUUUUCUGUCCUGAUGCCUGACUGACUUGGCAUUUUGUCGACCCGGGCAGGUGCCGCAAACUUUCUGUGAUGCGUCGGGUCAAGGUCAGAGGGACCUGUUGUCCAGCCCCCCAUGGGUGUUGGAGCCUCGGGGCUUCGAUGAAGUCAUUGCAGUCGAGAUGCGACGAGACGAGACGAGACGAGCGUUGUUGUUAUCAUUCCGUGGUGAUGUGGAGGAGGGCUGGACUUGGAUGGAGGAUGAUGUCCUCUCUGACAGCUUGUGGGGGAGGGCUGGGGUGGGAGGGAGGAGGGGGAGAGGGAUCUGAGGAGGGUGAGGGGUGGAUUACUAGGUUACUAGUCUUUUCUGUGAGGGUGUGUGUGUGUGCUCAUGUGUGGGUGUGUGUGUGACCUGAAUCAGUUGUGCUGGGCAGUGUGUUGACUGAGACUGAGGGAGGGGAGGCCAGUAGUGGUGGACGAUGUGAACUUGGGGAAGUGUGAGCCGUCCUAGGACUGCUGUGUGCUACAGAGGCUGCUGCUGGCCUUUUGUUCUGACACGCUGUGUGCUACAGAGGCUGGUGGAUGUGUCAUCUGACUGACAUGCUGUGUGCUACAGAGGCUGGUGGCUGUGUCGUCUGACACGCUGUGUUCUACAGAGACAUCUUCUGACCAGUGUGUGCUACAGAGGUUGCUGUUGGCUGUGUGUUGUAACCACUGUGUGUUCUACAGAGGCUGGUGGCUGUGUCGUCUGACACGCUGCGUUCUACCUAGACGUCUUCUGACCAGUGUGUGCUACAGAGGUUGCUGCUGGCUGUGUGUUCUGACACAGCGUGUGCUACAGAGCCAUUCUGACAGGCCACAGAGGCGGGUGGCUGUGUCGUCUGACACGGUGUGUGCUACAGAGGCGGGUGGCUGUGUCGUCUGACACGGCGUGUGCUACAGAGGCUGGUGGCUGUGUUGUCUGCUGACUGCUGUGUGCUAUCUCCUCUUUGUCUGGCCUGGAACUCGGAACUUGUUACUUCUGCCUCUCCUCCUCCUCCUCCUCCUCCUCCUCCUCUAUCCUCCUCCUCUCUUCUCUCUUCCUCCCUUUCCAUCUCUCUCUUACUCCCUCUCUUCUCUCUUCCUCCCCUCCUCCUCUCUUCUCUGCUCCUCUCUCUCUUAUACCCUCACUGCCUUUUCUCCACUCUUUCUUUUCUGCUUCCAUCUCUUCUUUAUCCCUCCCUCUCCCUUCUGUACCUCUCUCUCGUAACUCCUUUCCCCUCUUUCCUUUUCUUUCUUGUUUUGCCCCGUGGAUUUGAGUGGACUGCCAGCUGAUUCAGGACUUUUGCUUGACUGUCUUAGUUUCUCUGUCUCUCUGUCACUAUGUCUCUCUCUGUCUCUCUGUUUCUGUCUGUCUGUCUGUCUGUCUGUCUGCUCUCUCUCUCUCUCUUUCUCUCU